AUGAUGAACACAAAGAAGCUAAUCAAGAUGGCCAAGAAAUGGCAGCAGAGAGCAGCCCUCCACAGGAAAAGAAUAUCAUUCCAAAGAUCAAAUACUAAUACUACUAGCAGCUCAACCGCUGUAGAGAAGGGAUGUUUCGUGGUUUACACGGCGGAUAACAAACGUUUUGCUUUUCCAAUAAGUUACCUAAGCAACUCUGUUUUCCAAGAGCUCCUGAAGAUCUCUGAAGAAGAGUUUGGCCUCUCCGUUGGUGGACCAAUCACGUUGCCAUUUGAUUCGGCUUUCUUGGAUUAUCUCAUCAAACUGGUUGAACGAAGAAUGGAUAAAGACACAGAAAACGCUCUGUUAAUGUCAAUCUCUAGUGCUAGAUGCUCUUUACAGUAUUCUCUUCAACAGCAAAGUAGUUGUACUCAACAAUUGCUUGUAUGUUAG